AUGUUGCCUUCAACGUAUCGUAGUUCGGAGUUAGUAAAUCAAGCUAACAAUGCACGCAUACACGGUUCUUUCCAAGAUGCAUUGCAACUUGCAUAUGAAGCACUUCCUAUUGCUUUUCGUGAAUUAUAUGCAGAUUGUUUCCCAUCAUCAAACUAUCCUUCAAGUUGGGACAAGGCCUUUGAAGACUCAAAGAAUCCUGUAGUUGCUGCAGCCAGUUGUAUUGCUGAUUUAGAUUUUAGCACGUGCUUAGAAGAAUUCAUUAUUCCUGCAACGCAACGAGUGAUGGCUGCACUUAACAUCACAGGCAACACAUUGAGAUCGAUGUCCCUUUUUCAUGAUGCAAUAUACUGUUUUGAUCAAACGAUCGCUCUCUGCGGUAAGAUUGAACCUGCUUCAAGUCUAAUGGUUACAGGAAAUGUUUCCUGUGCCGAAAAGUCAUUGGAACAUUUGGAAUUGCUUUUGCAUGAUAAUAAAAAAGUAGGAAUAAGUGCAUUUGUAGAGGUAGGUAAAGUGUGCAGUAACAAAGCUAGCCUUCUCUUCGAUCUUGGUCAGUAUGAACAAUCACUUGUGUUACAUGAUCGCCAUCUCCGCUUAACGCUGCAACAAAUAUAUCCUGACGAUAAACAACAAACCAUAGCUCGAAAUAACAUUGGUAAAACGAUGGUAUCCCUUUGUAAAUCCACUGACAAUAGAUGUUUGUUAGAUGAAACAAUAACUUUUAUUGAAAAGUCAUUAGUGAAACUUGAUCAAUUACGUUCUGUAGACUUUUCUUUUUUUGAGCGCAGUCGUGGUAUCGCACAAGGUCAUCUUGGUGAAUGUAUUCUAUUGCUUGCAUUAUAUGAGGAUAAAGAUAAAGAGCUUUUAGAACGUGCACUGAAGGAAUUUGAUGAAAUGGUUAAGAUUACAAGUGGUGAAACAGGACUAAAAAAGGAUCCAGGUGGUCUAGGGAUUGCACUUUCUGGAAAGAGUAGAGUAUUAUUACUUUUAGGCAAUGAUAAAGCAGAUACUGCUAUAGAAUGUGGGCAAAAUUCUUAUAAAGAAAACAUAAGUUGUGGAGCACGUUUUCGUUCUGGUCUUAGUGGGGUUGCCCUAGCAGAAGCUUACCUUGCUCAAUGUAACUUUGAAUGCGCAGAAAAAGAGCUACGAAAUGUGACUGAAAUAUUUGAUACACUUUUGAGAGAACUUCCUGAUGACCAACAACGUGUAAGUAUAUUUGAACAAAUGUCUAAAGCAUACACACUUCUUCAGUAUGCACUAUUUCAACAGAAUAAAAUCGAUGAGUCAUUAGUUUGGGCAGAACAAUCAAGAGCUGUUAGCCUUAAACAAUUAUUAGGUGAUUGCAAUGUUAUGCCAAAGUUACGUCCUGUAAAUUUUAAUACAGAGUUUUCUCAAAUUCUUGAUACAGCAGUUGAAACACAGUCGAUUCUUUUAAUUUAUACAUAUGUAGAAUU